GUGGAUUACAUGUAUUUCCUGGAAUGCAAUUUCACACGUAUGCAUCCAGGUGAAGCUGCAUCUUCUGCCAUUGGGCAUCGACUGCCGGGAUAUAUGGAGCAUCAGGGAAUUGGCUUAAGAACCCAAUUCCCUGUUGAGAGGAAAUGGGCUCUUGGACUUCAGUCUCGAGCUCAUCCUCGUGAGAUAAUGACUGAGGUUCUAAAAGCUCUUCAAGCACUGGAGGUGUGUUGGAAAAAAAUUGGUCACUACAACAUGAAGUGCCGAUAUCCUCGCUUUCCAGGCGGUUCUGAAGGCAUGGUCAACAGUGCAGUGCAUGGUAACCAUUACUUUGCGGAUGAAUCUGCAAUUGUUGAGAAUGAUGGGGUUAGUAGGCAAACAAAUGUAGUCAAGUUUGAGUUGCAGCUCUAUAAGACUCGUGAGGAGAAGUAUUUGCUUGAUCUGCAAAGGGUGAACGGACCUCAGUUUCUGUUCUUGGAUCUCUGUGCUGCUUUCCUUGCUCAACUUCGGGUCCUAUGAUGUUGGGUUCAUUCAGGCUGGAGAUUUACCCAGGAAGGUCAUAUGAUGCUUGUGAAUAAUUACGGACAUUGUAUAUUCCGACUGGUGUGAUUUAUAUUUUCA